UUUUUUUAAUUUUUUUUUAAAUCAAAUGGAAAGAAUAACAAGUAAUAUGUGGAUGGAUGCGGAGAGUGCGAAUCAAACGUGCCAGAGCCAACUUAAUUCUUGUUGUCAUCCGAACCGCAGAGGAGACGGUCGAGGUUUCUCCCGUAUUAUUUUAUUCUCAUACACGAUAAUUGGAUUAUAUAUAUCCGGCUUUCUUUAUUUUAUAUUUUGUAUAUGCGGCCGAGCAGAAUCCAUAAAUACAUAGAUAUGAUUUCUGCUGCCGCUGCUUCCUCGCAUCCCAAUCGUCGGGCGGCACGGAGCGUGGUUCCGUUUCCGACAUGAUCUCUCUCCCAUCUGAGAGCUUUUUUGCCACAGGCUCCGUCCUAGGUUUUGGAUUUCGGAAGAUGGAAACUAAGGCCUGAAGGAAAGAGCGGAGGGGGAGAAAUAAAAAUUACAGGAGGAAUAGAGGAAUAGAGAGAGAGAGGAACGGAGGGGGUGAGAAGUGGGAGAAGAGGAGCCAGACAGAGUUACGAGAGAGGGUGCCACCCUUUUUAGGAAGAAGAGUUACUGAGAGGAAAAGGGAGGGAAGAGAUCUAGCUUUGUUUCUGCUUGGGCUUCUCGGUGGAGGAACAGAUUACGAAGGCCUCUGCAAGAAACGUUUUUUUAGAAGGCGUAGGAGGCUAAAAGAAGGAUCUUCGCAACAAGAAUAGCAGGAGGAGAAAGAGGAUGUGGGACCUCAACGACUCGCCGGAUCCGAUGAGGAGGGACGCGGCCUUCCCCUCCGACAAGGAGGACGAGGCGGAGACCUCCUCCCCGAAGAACGCCGCCACCGACGACAAGGGGAAGGGGCCGGAGUCCCCCUCCACUGCCGACAACGACGACUCCAGCUCCUCCGCCCUCGUCGCCGAGGCCUCCGACGAGGCCGAUGGGGACGGAUGCCGGAGGAUAUUCGGGUUCUCGGUCGGCGGCGACGGCCGCUGCUCCGGCGAGGGCGAACCCGCCAUCGUGACCCACCAGUUCUUCCCGGCGGAGGAAGCGGGCGGGAGGGGGAGCGGCCGGGCGGAGGGUCCGCUGCUGCGGGCUCAUUGGGUUGGGGUCAAGUUCUGCCAGUCGUCGGAGACGGCCGCCGCCGGGAAGGCUAUGGGCGCGUCGCGGCCGAUGAAGAAGAGCCGGAGGGGACCCAGGUCCAGGAGCUCGCAGUACCGAGGGGUCACAUUCUACCGGAGGACCGGCCGCUGGGAAUCCCACAUCUGGGACUGUGGAAAGCAAGUCUAUUUAGGUGGAUUCGACACUGCCCAUGCUGCGGCUCGAGCAUACGACCGAGCGGCCAUCAAGUUCCGCGGGGUAGACGCUGAUAUAAAUUUCAAUCUGGAGGACUAUGAGGAGGACAUGAAACAGGCGAGCAAUCUCACAAAGGAGGAAUUUGUUCAUAUACUUCGUCGCCAGAGCACUGGAUACCCCAGAGGGAGCUCAAAAUACAGAGGCGUCACCCUGCACAAGUGUGGAAGAUGGGAGGCCAGAAUGGGUCAGUUCCUGGGGAAAAAGUACGUGUAUUUGGGCCUCUUCGACACCGAAGAGGAGGCUGCAAGGGCUUAUGAUAAAGCCGCAAUCAAGUGUAAUGGAAAGGAUGCGGCGACCAACUUUGAUCCGAGCCUCUAUGCCGAUGAGCUCGGUGCUGCAGGUUGGUUCUUGCUAUGCGCUUGCUGCAUAUUUAAUGGCCAUAAUCGCAUCGCUCGUCGGCUUGCUCUGUCUCCGUCCCGGAAGCAUGUUUAUGAAUUUGUGGAUGCUGCAGCCGGCCGCGGCGACCAUGAUCUGGAUCUGAGCCUGGGGAAUUCGAGCUCGAAAAGGAGUGGCGGCCUCGAGCUGAUGGCUGAUGAUAGCCAGGGGGGGGCGGAUCAGCGUGUUCCUGUGGCCUUCGAGCCGGGCUGGAGGGCUAGCAUGCCAAGCACCAGGCCUGAGCCUGAUGGCAAGUUUAAGCGAGCAGAAGCAGCAGCCACCAGGAUCAAUUUCCCUCUCGAUAAUGCCUACAAGCAGUUCCCAGGUCUACCCUGCGAGAUGUACAAAUACUCUCAAGCAAGGAGGAAUGGAGAUGCUGUGCCCGCCACUUUCCGGAUCAUUCCUCAGCAGUUCAAUUCUGCUGUUUCUGGACAGCAACAGCAACCGCAACAGCAACGGCAGCUUCGGAGCGAGGACUGGAGGAGGGGGUCUUUAUUUGGCUAUAUGUGGCGAGCAGCAGCAGCAGCAGCAGAGACAGUCGAAUUGGAGUAAUCGCGGUAGUAUUUGUUCGCCGCCACAGCUGCAGCAUCAUCAGGAUUCUCACCACAGAUGGUAAAACAGGUUCCACUCCCAGACGAAACCCACCGGAGACAUAAUAUUCUCCAUCACCGCCGACCGGCUGAUCCAUUUAAAUCCCCCUUCUCUGCCGCUAAAAUGGCCUUCCCGUUGUUUGUGCUUUCAGUCACCUACUACCCCAAAUGAAACCUUUGUCUAUGCCACUUGUAAACGGGACAUCUCCCAUCAUUGCUCUAUGAGAGAGAGAAAGAGAGCUGGGUAGAGGUGAGAAUUGAAGAAUUGGUACUUUUUGGAUGGUUAGCUUGCUCGAAUUUUCUUUUUUUUUUUUUUGCACUUUCUGUUUACCAAUAUCAGUGAGCAGUGAUACUCGGUCUUGUCACCCGAGCUUAAUAAGUUCGAUCUCGUGUUGUAUCAUUUAUGACUCAGCAGGGUGUGAGGAGAAUAUGACAAAGUGGGAUUUGGUUCCUA